AUGUCAUCCAACGAGAGCUCCGAAACCCGUUACGGGUCAGAGGUCAGAGGUUCCAACUCCACCUGCUGCCAUAAGGAACUGUCUGUCACUGCAUCCGUCAUCUCCAUGACGGUGGGCAUCUUCUCCAACAGCUUCGCUCUCUUCAUUCUGAUCAAAUCCUACAGUCGCCACCGCAUCAAGUCCAAGGCGUCCUUCCUGCUGUUUGCCAGCAGCCUGGUGACCACUGACCUCCUGGGUCACCUCAUCAAUGGCUCCCUGGUGCUGCACGUCUACCGCUUUCACAGGAAGUGGGACACUUUUGACCCGCAUGGCAUCGUCUGCAACAUCUUCGGGGUGUGUAUGGUGUUUUACGGUCUGAGCCCCUUGCUUCUCUCGAGUGCAAUGGCCGUGGAGCGCUUCAUUGGAGUAACCAAGCCCAUCUUCCACUCAGCAGUAUUGUCCUCGCACCUCAUGAAAAGGCUGCUUGGUUUCACCUGGCUGCUCGCCGCCCUGGUGGCGUUGCUGCCUGUGCUGCUGAGGAGACCCUAUGAGGUUCAGAGAUCCAGGAGCUGGUGCUUCUUCCACAUGGAGCAGCCCAGAGACUGGCUAGAUGUGCUGCUACCUCUGAUCUUCUCCGUUCUGGGUCUGCUGGCUCUUCUGCUCUCCAUUGUGUGCAACACUCUGGCGAGCUGUGCCCUGCUGCACGGCAGGCUGCGCCACAAACACGGUUGCAGAGGCACAUCCUACCACCUGGAGAUGAUCUGCCAGCUGCUGGCUAUCAUGCUGGUGUCCUGCGUGUGCUGGGGGCCAUUACUGGUCCAUGUGAUCAUUCUCAGCACCAGAGCUAAAGAUGAACCGUCCAGUUUCAGUCUGCUGACAACAGUACGGAUGGCCACAUGGAACCAGAUCUUGGACCCUUGGGUCUACAUCCUUUUGAGGAAGGCCGUCCUGAGGAAGAUCUUCAUGUUGUUUCACAGCUGCUGGGGUUCAAAGCUUCACACCUUCCACCGCUGGCAGCGCAGCACGCUCGGCAGCUCGCGGGAGCCAAGCAAAUCUUAUUGCAUCCGCUACAGCAGACAGCCCCUGCCAGACACUGCCGUCCAAUCCAUCACCUGA